UGUUACAGACAUCCUAAAAUAAAAAUGAAGACAACUGGUCUCUUGCUCAUCUCAUUAUGGUCUCUUUGCUGGGCUCGUCCUAUAUCCAGAUAUCCAGGUGCACACCACAGCAGCUCCAAAGAACACUGGACUAUUUCAGUUGAAGAAAGCUUGAACAAGAUAGCUGAUUCCACAGACCAUGAAGAUGCAGGAAACAGACGAAGCUCAAGCACAGAAGACAGAAGGAAAGAACUUGGAGACAACAGCUGUGAAAAUUGUGAAAGGAACAGUUUCCCCAGGAAGGUUUCCAGCAGUAGCCUUGAGAGCUUUGCAGAAAAUGAUCAUGAAUGGAGCACUCAAGACAAUGAAGAGGGAGGUUAUUUCAGACCCCAAAUGGUCCAUAGGAAAUGGCCAGACAGCAAGGAUUCCCAUAACCACGAUCACCAGCAGGAAAUAAAUGAGGAGAGUUCUGAUGAUGAAUCUGCUGGCAGAAUGUCAUUGGAGGACCAAAGUGAAGGCCACCUUUAUGGGGCUAACAAAGAAUCCAAAGAACAGUUUGAUGUUGAGAAUGAUGGCAUGCUUUAUACCCCAGAACAAGUCCUUUAUACUUUUGUGGAGAAAGGAGGAAGUGAUCUAACAACUGAGGAAGACACCAGUGGUGAUGACUCUUUAGAUGAAGAUCCUGGGCACACUAAAUCUCCAAGUGAAGUAGAUGCUCUGCAACCUCCAGCAACUCAUGGAGAACAGGAUGGUAAUACUGUAAGUCAACAUUCUGAUGAUAGUAGCAGCAGCAGCAGCAGCAGCAGUAGCAGCAGUGAAAGCAGAAACCUUGAGACAGAUGACAACCACAUUAUUGAUUAUGGCAGACGACAUGGAGGUGAUAGUUACAGUAGCAGCCAAGAAGACAGAUAUGAUUAUCAAAGUGAAGAAAUGCAAGGAGAUGACCCAAGGGCUUUUGAGAGCCCUGACAGUGAUUCCCACAUGCUUCCUGAGGCUGUUCAUUCAAAAGAAAGCAGCCAGGAAAUCAGCAGAGAAAGGGGGAAAGGGGAAACCAUACAUCAGAGCAAAACCAUAGAACAUUUUGACAGAAAUGUAUAUAAUUAUGUUGAUGGUGAUUCAGAUGAAGAUAACAGCCCUGAAUAUGAAAAGAACAAAUCCUUGAAAGAAGAUGAUGAUAACUCUGAAGUAGACAGCCGUCUUGUAGAAGAUAUUAGUCAAUCAACAGAAAAUGUUCCCAGUCAGUCCAGGGAAGAUGCAACCAGUCAUUCUGGGAAGUCUGUAGAGAGUUUAUCCAAGAGGCAUAGUCACAGCCAAUCUAGAGAGAACUUCAACAGCCAUUCUAGAGAAGAUAUGCACAGCCGGUCCAGGGAAGAUGAUAAGCACAGCCGGUCCAGGGAAGAUGAUAAGCACAGCCGGUCCAGGGAAGAUGAUAAACACAGCCAGUCCAGGGAAGAUGAAACCAGAGGGCAUAGUCAGAGCCAGUCUAAAGAGAACAUAAGCAGCCAUUCCAGAGAAGACAAACAUAGCCAAUCAAGGGAAGAUGAUGUACACAGUCAGUCUACAGAACUCUCUAGGCAAUCGAGAGAGGAUGAAGACACAAUAUCUGAAGAAGAUAUAAAGAGUGAAUCCACUGAAGAUACCAGAAGUUCCCAAGAAAAAGACUUUGUGGAAAAGUCUAAAGAGACAGAAGAGGAAUCAGAUGAGCACAGUUCUAGCCAAUCUAAAAAUCAGGAAAGUCACUCUGUUGAAAAAUCAGGAAACAUGCCACCAAGAGCCACUGAAUCCAGAGAAUUCAAGUGGCAUCACAGCAGAUCAAGUGAGAAGAGUUCUUCUAUGGAAGAGAGUGAAGAAUCAGCUGAAGAUACAAAGGAUGACAGCAGAUUGUCUCAAAGUGCAUCAUCUGAGAGCAGCAAAUUAUCUGAAGAAAGUGCCAGCAGUGAUGACAGUAAUUCAAAUGAAGAAGGGCAAGAUCAACAAAGCCAAUCAGCAGAAACCAGUGAAUCCAAAGAAGAGGAAGAUAGCUAUCCUACUGAACGACGUAGUCAAUCCAGAGAGGAUGCAAUGAGCCAGUCUGACAGCAUGGAGGAUAACAGCUGGUCAAGAAGCAUGGAGCUUGAAAACCGAAAGUUAAUGCUUGACAUUUACCAUAACAAACCCUUUAGUGAUUAUGAUGAUAAUGAUUGCCAGGAUGGGUAUUAAUUUAAUGCAUGAAAAACAAAGAAACUCAACUUUGUACAGUAGUCUGAGGUCAGGAUUCUUUCUUUUAAUUUAUUUAAUUGUUCUGGCAAUGUGAAAGCUGACAGGUAGAAUUGGCAAUUCUAGGAGAACCAGAGGCUCCAAUGAAGCACAAAUGCACCUGAGAGGUGUCAAAGACGACAAAAUCAGUUUCGGCAAGAUUUGACACACACUGAUUGUCAUGGAAUGAAGUUCAAAGAGAAAUAUGAGCUAAAGUUGGGCGAUAUUUCUCAGAAUGAACAGUUGAAGAAUUUUGCAGAGACUGAAAGCGUUUGGAUAACAGUGGCAGCUGUCAGCAGUUUUCCUUCACAAACUCUUUCUGCUGUCACUGAAUAUUUUUUCAGAGGCUGAUAUUCAUUUCUUUCACACAACCCUACUAAAAAGAGAGUCAGUUUAUACUUGUGCGCAUAUGUGCACACAACAAUCCAGGACAUGUAGUUUAUUACUGUUGUAGAUUGUGCCUAUGAUCUAUUUAACAGGAAGUUUUCCCUUUAAGUACACAUGACAGGCUGGGCAACCUGGAUUCACAGGCCACACAUGGUUCCCCCUUUUGUGUGUGUGUGUGUGUGUGUGUGCAUGGAAGCCCCUGUCCCUUAAUUUACACUGCUGAAAUCUGGUGACACAACACAGAUCCUUCCAUGCUAAGACAAUUUCCAAUAGCAAAUCUUUCAAAAAGUGCAAAUUUCAGUCCCAAUUCUUUAUCAUGAUGUCAACAUAUCAUCAGCACACUGUUUGGAGUGUGUUUGGGUUUGGAGGAGGAGGAGGAGGAAUCCUUGGCCACGCAAAGUUGUCCAAUGCUAGCUUCUUAAUG